AAUAGGAACAGAUCCGGAUAAACAACACUGCUCACUGGGAGUGGGAAUGAAACUGAACGGCAAAAUGUUACCGUUACUUCAUAUUUUGAGUGGAAUCAUUUUCAUUAUUUCAAUUGUCGAGGCUGACAUUUAUCUCCACAAUGUCCGGGGCAGUAACAAUCGACUGGAUGAAGCAACUCGACCAAGGACAAAUGCAAAAAGGAUGUUUGAUUCCCAGAACAAUGCUCGAGGGGGAUACAACGUGGGAUCCCUCUUCUACUAUCAGGGGUCUUUGCUGCCAAUAGAAUGGACCAACCAGCACUCAUGUCACGACGCCAACAGUCACUGUGAGAUCAUCUUACAGUACAUGUGCGGGGACACUGUCAGAGAUGGUGCCACUACCAAGACAAUUCCUGAGAUGAAUGCUCAGUGCCUCAACAAUGACUGCAACAGCGACCGCACCUAUGGCAUGCAUGAAGACUACAACUACUACAACAACUGUAAACGGCGACAACGAAACAAAGGCCUCUUUGUUGCAGACCAGAAUCUAAACAACAGGAACCGCCAGUUUGCUCGGAACACAAGACAGAAUCCAGGAGGAACUCGAUAUGGGUACGAGUGCCCGGAGGAGAGAGAUUACUACCCAUACUGGCACCCAACACCAUGGAAGGACAUAGCAGUGAUGACCAAUGAUGCCCAGCGGUGCCUGUACUACAGAGCCCAGAGUGAGAACGUCAAGUCGCGCUGGGCCUGCGUCCUCCACAAUGACAGCACCUCCGCUAUACCCAACAACAAGGAUGACUGCGAGCAACUUGAGACCAAUGGAGUCAAGGGUCAGUGGAAGGAAUUUCCUUCACAUGGAUUACCUCCCCCUGACUGUCGGGAGACAGAUUUCUCUCGUGACAAUCACCUUGGCAACGGCAUUGGCGGUCACCCCCUACUGUAUAACUGGACUGUCCCAUACAUCAGCCACGAGAAGUGUGCCAUGAGGAUCAGAUACAAUGUCUCAACCAAUGACUACGACGGCUGGAACACAAAUUCUAGUCAGAAUGGAAACCCAACCAAAAUCAAUAUGGCCGACAAGUAUGGCUUCUCCACCGAGGAAGCAGCUGGAACAAGGGGUUACAAGUUUAAAAAUAACCCAGAGGUGGUGCUGUUUGACGAUGCAGACUUUGGUCUUCAGCUAGCCAUCAACACUGCCGAAUAUGGCCGAGUAUUUCAAGACAGGUCUCAUACAUUUGCAAUACGUCCUCGUCCAGACCAUAUUGACAGCACGAGCACCAUCCACAACUUAAACGUUCGGGGCAAACGCGGCAACAUCGUGCAGGUGUACCCUUCUGUGGAGUACGACUUCGUACCCAACACGCUGGAGAUGGGGACAGGGGAAUAUGUGCACUUCCAGUGGACAGGCUCCAACACCAACAACCGAGGCAAUGAUGGAAACGGCCUGGCUGGCACAGACCGGAACAACAUUGUUCUUCUGUCUUCAAAAAAAUACCCAGAAGGCAGUGGGGCAUCCUUUGGACCUGGAGUGAAACGGGGACAUUUUGGUGUUAAUUACCCAGAACAUGUGACAAAUGACACCUUUCUGGGUCUGGGAAAAGAUGAUGUAGAAAAACUGGCCCUCCUCAGCACAGGCCAGUUCGGUGGUGAGAUGUCACAAUUGGAUGAUGCAGGGACAUACUUCAACCUUGACCCAAGGCAGAUAACUCAGCUAGGAACCUACCACUUCAUGUCCACCAGGAACAAUGACUUCUCUAACCGGGACCAGAAGGCUCGCAUCAUGGUGUACCCCUACCCUGUGAGAUACGAGGCCAUCGGCUAUAUGGGCGGCAGUGUCACCCUGCCUAGUGGCAAUGCCAAGGUUGAAGUGAGCCAAGGAGCCUUUGAUGGACUGCAGAAACUGCGACUGGAAGAAUGGAGUCGAGAGGAAGGAGACAGGCAGAUGCAGGCUGCACACCAGACUAUGAAUCUCGGCAGUGACUAUGUCAGCAACUUCCUGGUGGUGUACCCACAGAACCAGAUCACCACAGACGACAAUACGUUCACAAUUGAGCUGAAGGUUGACAGUGGCAGCAGUGACAUCGUCGUCUACAGGUCCAACGCCGACAACUUCGCGACGUGGACACGAGUGGAUGCCAGUAUCGAUGGCAACAUGGCCAAGUUCCAGUCCCAGCGUGGGGGCGUGUUUGUAGCACGAAGUUCCAGCAACAUCGGCAUGGUCGUCGGGAUAGUCAUCGCAUGUAUCGUCAUUGUCAUCAUCGUCAUAGGGACACUGGUUUACUUCAAACUGCACCCGAAGAAAUGGCAGAGUGUUAAAAACAAUGCCAAAUACAUUCAGAGGUCUACUCAGAGCAAAGUGUGAGGAGUAUGUAGAAGCAAAGAAAACAAUCUCUGAUCAAAAUGCGCAAUUUGAAAUCCACUAAAUUUUCAAGACAGUUUAUAAUUAUGAUACUAAAAAGGAGUAAAGGACUAUGUUAUUCUUUUCAUAUUGAUAUAGUAACAGAUUAUUGAAGAUCUGUAGUAAUUUGAAAGAUUAGCAUAGUCCGUAACUAUUUAGUAGUAUAUUUAUAUUUUUAGAUAGGGAUUCAAGGCUGCAAAGUAGUGAACACAUUGGGUGAAUAGAAAAUUGACAGAACGACACUCUUAUCAAAACCAAACAAAAGUUACAUCUGUUUCAAUUUCAAGGGGUUAGGAGUAGACUUAGUUCAAACCUUCUCUUAAUAAUAGUUACUAGAUAAUUAUGUGCCCCUUCUACACUGCUGUUUUCGGUGAAAAAAAUUGGUAAAGUCCACAGAAAAUUCCAACUGAUGUAAACAUUUAGUGAAAGUAGAUUGGUGUAGAAGGUGGUCGGGGACCUUGUUUGAGAGCUCGGUGCCAAAUUACAGCAAAUUUGAUACUUAAUAUUGUGAUGCACUAGUGCCUAAAUGCACCCUCGUCUUAGCCGUCUUUGAUGGAAGUAUCAGGUCUUGACCAUUAUCAUCCUCGAUAAUCUCCAGGGUAUAUGUUACGAUCACUCUCCACUAUACCCAGGAUGCAUCCACGGCUUGGGGCGAUGAUUUUAUUACCUCCCUUGGC